GUGAUUAAGGGGGAGGACCAAUGGCAACAAAGGAGGUGGAGAGGAGGGUAGCUCCUCCUCCAGCUGCUCCUCUCUCUCCGAGCUUUAGACAUGUAUAUAAUCCCUGAGUUGACCCAGAAAACAAAUUCCAGCGACUAGGCGACUGAACGCAGGGCUGCAACAAACAACUUCUCCUCCAGGAUUGACGUUAUUCAGCGGACAACGCAGCAGCCAUGGCUGAACAUAUGAUGAUGCCGAUGAGCCACAGCUUCAGAAUGGGCAUGAAUGGACUCCCGCAGCACAGCGGCCAACCCGGCCUGCGCAGUCUCCCAAACGGCCAGGUCAUGCACUACGGCAGGAACCCACAGAACACAAUGGAGUCAGCCAUGAGGCAGAGGCAAGGCAUGGUGGGACCCGGGGGAAUGGGCGGACCGGUUAACGGACCUCCAAUGACUAACCACCACCACCACCAGAUGAUGUCUGGAAACAUGAUUUACAACAGCCAGGGCCCACCACAGCAUCACCACAUGCACCCCCAUCAGCAGCAGCAGCAGGGUGGACACCCACAGCAGUACCUUCCCGGAAACCUCACCUCCCAGCAACUCAUGGCCAGCAUGCACCUGCAGAAACUCAACACUCAGUACCACGGACAUCCACUCGGGUCGGUGAAUGGCCACCACCUGCAGAACAGUGGUGCUCAGUACCGGAUGGGUCCGGCUCAGCUUUCCACCAUGCAGCACAUUGGGGGACCUUUGGGUCUGAACGGCAUGGACAUGGAUCUGAUUGACGAGGAGGUUCUCACUUCGUUGGUGCUGGAGUUAGGGUUGGAUCGUGUCCAAGAGCUGCCUGAGCUCUUUCUGGGACAGAAUGAGUUUGACUUCUUGUCAGAGUUUGUGUGCAAGCAGCAGCCAAGCACGGUGAGCUGUUGAGCAAUGAAAAAAAAACAAAACAAAAAAAAAAUUGCUGGCUUAUGUUGGUUUGGACGGACACCACAAAGAAUGACUGAGUGGCCUCAGUAGCACAGUAAUAGGAGACAAUCGGUCUGUUGUGUUUGGGUGUCUGUGUAUUUGACAGUGGUCUGUACGUCUUCACACAGACCUGUCUGUGAAUUUAGGAAGAAUUGGAAUGAGAGAACUAGAACACCAGGUUCCUUUUCACUGAGACAGCGCCAGGAAGAAUUUUGAGGGCUUCGGCCAAAUUAAGGCAGUCUGAUGCAAUGAUGUGAUGUUCAAUCUGUACCCAUCAGCACGUGUGCCUGCAGCACCAACAAGAUAAACAGGACGCGGACUCCAAGUUGAAAACCCAACUAUCACAUAACAUUGUAAACUAGUAGCAGACAUUGAAAGUGGUAGUUCACUGAGUAGGGAUUAAGAUUUUUUUUCAGAUAGUUUAAUUGAAGGCUGGCUCUUCAACACUGAUUGGUUCCUUCAAACUGCAAGGCAUUCACAUUUCCUUGAAGAGCGGCGUUCUGAGGCAUUCCUGGGUAAUGGGUUUUCCCUGUGGUCAGUCAGGUGAUUGUGUAGCACCUGACUCAGAUCAGAUCUUUUCUCAGUAAGUGUGUGUUUUAUCUGUUCCCUGAUAAUUAACUGUGACUGAAUCUUGGCAAAGUAGCACAUUGGUUCAGGUGUCCACGUAAAAGCAUUUGCAUGUAUGUAGAAAAUUGUUUGGAAUUCCACUGGCUCAACUGAGACAUUGACAUCAUCAAGUAA